UAUUUAACCGGUACAGACAGAUGACAACUCCUCUAAAUCUUCCUGCGAACCAUGAGGACUCGAUCGAGCUUGAGCAAAGAGGGGAGCGCGCGUCUGACGAAAAGCCAGUGACGGGCAGUCCAUCCGGGAAGAUGAUGGGCGGCACGUCAGUCAGCGAGGUCCGCAGACUGAGCACCAUCUCGGAACACGAGCCGGACAAGAUGGACACCGAUGCCAGCUCCCAUGAUGCCCGGGCAGGCAGCGAAUGGGGCGGCUCCAGCUUCUCCAUGUGUUCUGACAGGCUCAAGAACAGCAGCAGUUGUUUUUCCUCUGAUGAUUCAUACCAGCCCGACAGUGGAGAUGACUGCGCCGCGCUCCUUCUCGCCUGCCUGCACUGCCGCUUCCACGAGCUGAUGGUCCUGCUGCCGGACACGUACGAGAGGGCCGUGAGCCGCUGCUUCCCCUCGUACAGAUAUGUUAGGGCCUCCAGCGAGAGGGACCAGCCGGGGAAGGACUGCUGCAGUUUCAAGCUCGACCUGGACUGCAACUGCUGCGGCUCCUGCCAGGACACAGGAGAACUCAUAGAGCUGGCCAUGGAGAUAUCGGAGGUGUGCUACCGCUGAGAAGAAGAAAAAAAAAAACUUCCUCAGGGGCCCUUUUUAACCUUUUUAACGUCCCCUGCGAACAGAAUCACAAACACUAUGAAUCCCUCCAAAUGCUCGACAAACAAGCAUGACUGUCUCCUCGUAUACACACAUAUGUAAUAAGGUGCCUGCACUACUAAAGGGUUGUUGUUGUUUUUCCACAUGAUCUCAAAUAAAAAAUAUUC